AUGGCAGAGGAUCAGAAAAAGCUGCUAGCUCAGGCAUUCCCGAUUGAAGCAGAUUUAAAUAUAUUUCAAAGUGGGGUUAAGUAAGUUGGAAGAACUGAGAUACUUGCAAACGAUACAAAUUUUCUUAACAAAUUUUAUCAGUUCAUUGAAGAUUCAAACUACAUGAGAAUUAAUAAUUUACCUACUGACAUUAAAAUCGCUAUUCAGCUGCUACUAUGCGAGAGGUCAUAUUUGAUUCAGCUAGUGAAAGGCUUAAUAAUGAAAAUUCUGCCUAGGGACAAACCCAAAAUCUAUAAUGAUCCAUUUUUAGAGUCGGAGUUCCUGAAAUUAGAUAAGAAAAGAGACUUGACUCCAUAAAAUGAGCCUGCUAGAAUUAAUGAUGCUAGUAAUAAAACAUUCUAGUCUCCAAUCAAUAACAAACAGAGAAAUGUCAAUUAGAAAAGGUAGCCUAAUCUACACUAGAAUGACAACAACCAUCAACAGUAAAACAUGGUGAUUGAAGAUUUAGUUAUAGGUGCCACCAAUCUAAUAGGGGCUCUGGGUAAAAAACUUAUAUCUCCUAGUUCUUUGACUAGACUCAACUAGUUAAAGGGUCAGAAUUUGGACAGAAUUCAGAAUCAUGACAAUCGUGUGGUGUAUUUGAGAAUUCCUCCGUCUGAUGAAAAGACAGCGACUUAGAAUUAGAACAAAAGCCCUGCUCUCACAUCAAAUAGAAAUAUAAUAAAUUAGUUCGAUAAUAUGUUUAUGCGUAAGGAAGAAGUACUUCUGAAAAUAGACACUUAAUCAGAUGAUGAUGAAAGCGUUGACGUGCCCUCUAGUAGCAGUAGUGAUGAGAAAGCUAAUCGAGUUGAUAAUAAGAAUAAGAUAUAAACUUAAAAGAUGCCUAUUAAGGGAGUUGCAAAUAUAGUACAGAACAAGAUUAAUCCAUCAGGCAAUAGUAAAAAUCAUCAUAGUAGCAAGAGCACAACUAACAAUAAUGUCAACUUUAAAUAGACUGCUAAUGAUUCAAAUUUUAAUACGAACAAUUUUAAUAAUAAUAUUCAGACAAAAAGAGGUAAUAAUCCACUAUAAUUGAUAACACCGUAAAUGAACUACACCAAUCAGCAAGACACCUCAUAAAUUUCACAUAUUACUUAAAACCACAGUAAAUAGCCAAGUCAUAACUCUAAAAAGAGUGUGAGCUAGAACAGAUACCAAAAUAACAACAUUGAGGAAAGUGACGAUCAAGAGGAGAUUAAGUAAUAACCAUUAAAGUAUGGAAGUGUAAUCAAUCAAACCAAUGAUCAAAAUGAUUAUUUCUAAAUUGAAUAGAAUAAAAAUCUAGUGCCAAUAGAAGACUUUAUAAAAAUGCUUUAAUCAACAGAGACUGCUAGGCAAAGCAAAAUGCAUAUAAGUUAGUUAAAUAACAGAGUGGAUGAUAGCCAAAGUACUGUGAUGAAAUAAAGCGAUAACUUCCCUAGAGGUAUGAGUAUGGUUAAAGGAUCUAUUGCUAAUGUGAAUAAAUCUGGAAUUAGAAUGAAAGAUACCUUCAGCAAACUCCACAGAGAUUUUAGCAUAGGCUCUUCGGAUUCUGAUAAUGAUAAGGAUAACUCUGCCUUAGACCCUGAGGAACGUAAUCGUCGUAGGAGUAUUGGCAUUAAAAUGCUGAUGAGCAGAGAGUCAUCAUUCGGAGUAGUCGGAUUCAAGAGCGAAGAUUACACUAUGAAUUAAUCCAGUAACUAAAAUAAUAGUACAAAUUAGAAGAGUCUAGCUGAUGAUUCGGAUUAUAACAAUUAGUUAUAGUAGAUUAACCAAUAAAGAAGGAAAUAUGGAGUAGACCCUGAUAGCGAAGAUGAUUACUAGGAUAUAAAAUUCAAAGUAAAAAAACGAAAAGAUAAUAACAAUAAUUAAACUAAUGCCAAUACGAAUAUCAAUGCUAAUAGCAAUAUUCCUAAGACCAGCAGUAAGGGAAUAAAUGGCUUUAAUAACAUGUAGAGUAGCGUCAGUCAUAUGAAAUAAAUCACAAAGCCAAAUAAUAUAGAUGAUGAGUAUUACUCUAAUUCAAAUGGAAAAGAGAAAAAUAAAAACACUAUAAGAAUGUCUAAGCAUGUGCAAUCUACAAAUGACUCGCAAGCUAACUCAUCAUCUCGAAGAGGAGAUUAAAAUAACAACUCUAUGUUUAAGUCUGAAUUUGAUCUGAAAUAACUGUAGAAUAUUAAUAAAAAUAAGAAUAUAAAUCGAAAUUAUCUGAAUGGUUCGCAGGCCUAGUCUACUAAUAGGAGCGUCAAAUGGGGAGAUAAUAUUUUUUCUUGA